AUUAAUACAAGAAAAUUAUUUAACCACGGUACUGUAUUUGUGAAUUUUUUAUUUCAAUGACCAAAAUGAAAAUUUACUAAAGUUGGGUAACUAACUAUGCAGUUUACCCAUUUUUUCCAUGUCUCUGUUCCGGCGUCCGGGAAAUCCGGUUAUAAAAGCCCCGACCUCAUGAGCUAGUAGAAAAGACCGCUUUGAGCUCACUGAUCCGACAUUUAAAAAAAAAAAAUUUAUUUUCAGUUACCUGUUAUAAUAAUCUCUCUCAAAGUCACUCUCGAAGGUAAAGUUCUGAUUUUCAGAAUCAGCUUUUCAUAUUCAAGUUGUUGUUUUUUUCUUUUAAAUCAAUUUAUUGGUUUUUAUCUUGUGGGUUCUUUGAAAUUUCCUUUCUAAAUGAUUUUCUUGGUGGGUUCUUAGUAAGAGAAAGCUUUAUUUAUUUAUUUAUUUAUUUUAAAUCUAUCUAACUCUCCAGCUUUGGUUUCUAAUUUAUUUUAUUGUUGAACUUGGUGGAAGAAAGUAAAACAGUUUAAAUUUGUGUUGUUUCAAAUAGUGGAGGAAGCAUGAAGGGCCAUGAAUCAAAGAUGGCAAGGAUGGAGGAUAUUCUUAAUCUUCCGGUGCAAGAUCCUCCUUGUGCAGAGUUCUCUGCUGCUCACAUAACAUGGGUAAAAGUAGAAGGCGGUCGCCAAGGUGGCGAUGAUAUUGCUCUAAUCCCUUUUUCUAGAGUAGAUGAUUUUGUAAAAGGAGAGUCUUCUAAUGCAGAAUGUCCUGCUAGCUUCCGCAUUGAGUCAAGGAGGAAGAGAUCUGAAGGAAGUAUUAGCAAACCAAGGGUUGAUGGAUAUCUUGAGUAUACUCUAUACUGGUGUUCUUAUGGUCCUGAAGACUACCGUGAUUGUGAAUCUGGUCUUGGGGAUGGUUCAAACUUCAAACCCACCACAGGGAAGGGAAGCAGGCCAGGGAGACGCCACAUGAUGAGAGGUUGCCUUUGCCACUUUACCGUAAAGCGCUUGUACACACGUCCCCUCCUGGCCCUCAUAAUUUAUAAUCAAAGAAAUCAUGUAGAUAAAACAGGGUCCCCUUGUCAUGGGAUACUUGACCAGGAUGCUGUGGGGACAAGAGCUAUGUAUGCUCCUAGAAUCUCAGAGGAAUUGCGCCAAAAGGUGAUGUCUAUGCUUUAUGUUGGAAUAUCUUUGGACAACAUCAUUCAGCAUCAUAUGGAGGUGGUCCAAGGGCAUGGGGGCCCACACAACCGAGAUGAUUUUCUCACACGAAAUGAUGUUCGUAACAUUGAAAGAGUUAUUCGUAAUACAUCACAUGAACUUCACAUUGAUGAUGCAUGCAGUGUAAAGAUAUGGGUACAAAGGCAUCAAAAACAUGUUUUUUACUUCCAAGAUGCUUCUGCUUCAGAACCAUUUAUUUUGGGGAUACAGACAGAUUGGCAGCUGCAACAGAUGCUUCGCCAUGGACAGAAUGGUUCUGUGGCUUCUCAUUCUACCUUUGGCUCAAAGAAACUUAAGUAUCCUCUAUCCACUUUACUUGUCUUCGACUCAUCCCGAAAUGCAAUUCCUGUUGCUUGGGUGAUUACCUCCUCUUUGACCGGUCAAGAUAUUCAUAAAUGGGUAGGCUCCCUUGCUGAAAGAUUAAGGACAAAGGACUCUAGAUGGAGACUUAAUGCCUUUUUGGUAGACGAUCCCUCUUUUGGGUUUUCAGCAAUAAGAGAUGCUUUCCAGUGUCGGGUUCUAUUGUGUGUCUGGCAUGUUCGCCGUGCUUGGAUAAGGAGUCUUUUGAAGACUUGCAGCAACAUUGAUGUUCAACGAGAGAUGUUUAAGCACUUGGGCUGGAUAUUAUAUUCCUCAAGAAGCGUACCUAAUGCGAUGGAUGCAGUUCAAGAAUUCAUGGAAGUAUUUGUUGAUCAAUCUGCUUUUAUGGAUUAUUUCAAGAGCCAAUGGUCACCAUACAUAGAGUCAUGGGUCAGUUGCAUAAGGUCACUUCCUGUUGCUGGUCCAGAGCCGCAUGCUGCCAUUGAAUCGUAUCACAGAAGACUGAAGUACAAGCUUUUUAAUGAUCAAUAUGCUAAUUUCUGGCCUAGAAUUGACUGGUUAAUCCAUACUUUGACUACCGAAUUUCACUCCUUAUAUUGGUUGGAUCAGUAUACUGUAGAAACCGGAUAUUUUUCUAAUCUCAGAGACGAAUCUUUCUCAACCAAUGCUUGGUAUCAGGCCCUACACAUACCAGAUAUUGAUGUCAUAUUGGAUGAGCAAAAUCUCCAGGUUGCAAAGGUCAUCUCCCAAACAGACCGAAACCUGGCAUAUACAAUUUGGAAUCCUGGUUCAGAAUUUUCUCUCUGUGAUUGCCACUGGUCAAAUCUGGGAAAUCUCUGUAAGCAUGUCAUCAAAGUAGCAAUGAUGUGUAAAAAUAGGCAGGUAGCAAGGCCACUAUUAGCAGCUCAAAUUUAUAGACAGACCUUGCUUAGUCUUCUGCAUAAUCCUCCAGAUGAUCCGGUAGUUCUGGAUCAUGCUAUUCUGUGUACAACUCGCUUGCAACAGGAUAUCAAAGGCUGGGAAGACUUAUCUAACAGUGGACUUCUUCAGCAAUUGCCUCCUGAACUUAACUCUCAAAUGGCAGAUAAUACUCUCCUUUUUGCACGCUCUCAUUGAUUACACCAUCUGAAAAGCAAUUUAAUAAAACAAACACUUUCAGCAACUCUGUGAUGUCACAUGAUUUCUUCUGAUAAUCUAGCUUCUGAUUGAGCUCAAAUGUAUAUAACCAGGCUUGGAAAGGAAAAUAUGUAAAUCUAUGGCAUCUGAACUCCACCUACUUGAGGAAAGGGGGAGACGAGGAAGAAAGGGAGAAUCUGAUUUCAGCCGACUUCCACUGUUCAGCACAUUAAGCAUUCAUUCAUCCAGAAAUGUUUUAGCUGUUCAGUUGCGAAGGUCUGACAUUGUUCUCUGCAAAUCAAUAGCAGGUAUUGUAGAGCAGCUUUCUCCAGUAAUAUGAAAAACUCGCCAUAGGUUGCUAAUAUUUUCCCAAACCAAAAUCUGUUCCCUGGUGGUCAAGUGUAAAUAGCCAGCAAAUUGAUACAACACAAAUCACUCGAGUUUUUGGAAUUUCUAUUGCCAUAUUCCCUUAUCUCAACCAUGAGGGAUCGGAGUCCACAAUUUUGUCCCGGUAAAGUUGACUCUGGAACGGAAUAGAAUAGGAUUACUUGAAAGUCCGCAUCCUUGGAAACUAUUGUUGGCUACAACAAUAACACUGAUGCAGGGAAACUUCCCAGGUUAUCAGGAAGUCGAAAAGCAAACCUAUUAUGGUUUAUCAAAUCUGAGGUAAUGGCUUUACUUCCUUGCUUGUAACCUGUAAAGCAUUAAUCCUGGUGUUGUCGAAGGAACUCAGUCGAACACACCUGGUCUGUGUAUAAAACAGUUUCAUCUUCUGUGCAUAACAAUGAAGCUUAUCUCCCGGUCUUGGGUUGAAUCCCCACUAAAUAUAA